UACUCAGUUGAUGUUGAGGCCCAAAGCGGUUAAGUCGGGCGCGAAAAAGGAUACACGCAAAGCAGAGAAUGUGCGCGGUUAUGACAAUGGUUGGUGGAGAAAAAAUUAAUGCAGCCAAAAAAGUAAAUGAGCUCUAUAUAGACAGCCUUCACUGCUGCAGCCGACAACGCUGCUGUUGCUGCGGUCGCUAUUAGUGUAAAGUGCCAAAAAUAUAAAAAAAUCGAUAGUUUAAAUGAGUUUGUAUUGUGAUUGAUUGCAAAUAAGUUCGAAAUAUAAAUUAACUAGUGAUAAUUAUUUACUUCACAUAACUAUACAAUUUUCAAUGCAAUAAGCAAAAAUUGUGUUACGACGGUUUUAUAAGACAAUUCAUAUAUUCUAAGCGAAAAUAUCCUAGCCAAGGAUACUAACUUAAAUCGCUGUAAAGUAUUGGCCACUGUACUCAUAUGGUAAAUGUAUGGGUUAAAGGUUGCUUCUAUUGCUCCGUCGCUUUCUAUUUAUGUUUUCACACCAUGCAUUUUAGCCGUAGACGCUAGGCACGUGCAUAUGGAUUAGUAUGUACGUAGGUACACAUCUAUAAUCUUUCACAUAUCAGUGAACACCACAAAAUCAAUAGCUGCAAAUAUGGUAAAUAAUGACCAGAAAUACAUAACACGCUUUGGUCACAUCGCCUUUGAAAAAAUUAUUAAUUUGCUGUAAGUACAAACAUAUGUACAUAUAUACAUACAUAUCUAUUUAUGUGCACAUUUGUGUAUAUUUCCAAUUUCUGUUAAAUGACCGUAAAAUUUUGUCAAAACACUGGCUUUUUUCUGUUUUGUUCUAAAGAAACUGUUUAGAAAUUAAUAAGGUGCCGGUAAAAAUACGAGUGCGGUCCGAUAAUGACUUAGCCUCAGCACUCGAUAGCGCUAUUAUCGCAAUAGAAUCAAAGAGAAUUAUAUAAUAUUAUCGUGGGCGAUUACUGUCAAUACUUCAGCCGAAUCGGACACGUAAUUCCACGAUCUGACACUGACAGACUGCGGUAUUUUGUAUCAGACAGGAUAAAGUUGGAGAAUGUGUCAAGUGUAUCGAAAUGAAAGGAAGCUAUGUUAAAAAAUAAAUAAAUCACCAUAUUCCAACAAUUUCCUUUUUCUUUUCUAUUCUAAAUAGUUAUUGAACCACCCACGUAUUAUAUUGUUGCUAUAGUCUUAAUUAAAAGCCAGCACAGAGUACGCUGACCUGUAAGAGUGCGCUAACACUUAAAGACUUCCGAAGUAACUUUUAUAUUUUCAUUUAUAUUUUCCUACUCCUAAAAUAACAUUCGUCUUGGAAUUCAUGCAAUUAUAAAUUAACCUUGCACUCAGCUGAAGUGAUUAAUUACUAGAGCUACAUACCAAGACACAGAUAUUUGCAAAGGUUUGUAUGUUUGAAAGUUUGUGAUAUGUGUAGCGAGCACUCAUUAUUCAAAGAGGAUACAUACAUACUUCCACACAACAAACGACGUACAAGUAUGUAGCUCAAUACUAACGAGUUGAUGACUUUUUGAUGAUAUAACUGCAUUGAUUACCGGAGCUCGUAUAUUUCAAGCCCCGUCACCGUUUGCUACCGAACCAUGGCGCCACAAAACUAAUUAAUUAUUACGAAAGAUUUGCAUUAUGCACCCAACGUCACCCGUGACGAUCUCAAUAUUACGGUGAUUCAAAUUCUCGAAGAAAAAAGGACGAUAACAAGGAGACAACGGAUUUUUUCUGUUUACAGUUUAUUGGCGCAAUGAUGCAAUGCUAAAAGUGUAAGUGUGCACGCUUGCUGAUAUUCAAUUAAUGUCCAUUACAAGUGACGUAGGACAUUGUGCAGAUGCUUGUUGUGCUUCGUCCCCCUUCCUGGAAGGAUUAUUACUAGGUGUUUAGCGAAGAUUUUCUUUUAGAAGUAUGUCGUAAUACAAGUUCAAGUGGUACAUAGAACAUUUGAAAAAUGAGGCUGAACCUGGUCCGGCAGAGUGAUAGAGUGCCGUUCUGUAUAAAUGGUACAUACUUACUUAUACAACUCACACCUUGCAUUGGGUAAAUUUUAUAAUUGAUGCUAAUUAGAUAUUACCAACAAGUAUGUUAAGUAAUUUUAACCUUUGCAUGAUUCUUUAUAGUAUAUUCUAAUAGUAAUAUUUAUAGUUAGCAGAUUUUUUUGUUUUCAUAAAAAUAUGCAUGUCAUAAAACACAUAUUUCAUGAUUAUUCAGUUAAAUAAAAUAUGAUACCGGUUUGAGUGUAAAUGUUUGGAAACUAGUUUUCGACAUGGUUUGCGCUUUUCUUAUUGUAUUUUAUGGUGAAGUCUGUUUUAUAUUAUAUCAUAAAUUAUUGACAGAUUUUAUAAGGUAAAAUUAUUAUUAAUUAAGGCUAUGUGAACAUCGUAUAACUUUCGUUAAUCAAACUAUUGAUAAUACUAGUAGCCCAUGUAUUCCACGCAUUUCUUUUUCUACUAAGUGCUUAGCUGCCUAAAAAAUGCAUCUAAAAAUGUUAAAGAUGAAUAUUUUUCUAUAUGGUAAAAUAAAUUUUGACUAAACGCGACUAUUUCCUUUUGGUUCGUCUUGAAAAGCAAUUAUAUACACACAUAACAUAGCUAUUUGAUAAAAAUUUGCUUAAACAGUAUAGAAAUCAGGACCAUUUACUAAUGUAUAACUUUUUUAUUGGCUCAUUUCACACAGGUAUCUGACAGGAAGCAAUCACCAUCAUUAGACGGAGACUGGUUACGACAAGAUCUAUUGCCUGAAUCAUAUAUGUAGAUAAACUAAAACAACCAUAAUCGUGUUGUCUUUGAUAUUUAUGCUUAUUCAAAGUGAACAUUUAAGGCGCGCAGAUAUAAGAAAUAACACUUGGCAUAUGCGUACUUACAUACAUACAUAUGUAUGUAGCUGCUGAUCAAUCGUAUUCAAGAGGCAUUACCACUAAAAGAUACAUCCGUACAAGUAUUAAGUAUAAACAUACAUACAUAUGUAUAUUCAAAUAAAUACCAAAAAUAAUAACAACAACCAGAAAUAUUUAGGUGCUGUGCUCUAUUUAUUAUACAAAUAUAUAACUAAUAUAACCGUUACAAAAAUAGCUUAUUCUAACUGUUUGCUCAUUAGAAGCAACAAAUCAAAUUCUUCCAUAACUAAAGCGCGUAAAAUUAUAUUUAAGACAUUUUAUUAACCCGUCACAGACAAAUCGCGGUGCCAGCAAUAGAUGUACGUAGUAGGUCGUAAUUAUUACUAAACAGUUUUGAUUUUAAUUCCCUUUCGCGAUAAUUACAUUGUAAGCCAAACAUUCGCAUUAGGGUGCGUUUUUUAUUGAAAUUAAUGUUUCCGUGACAACUGCGAAUCUACUAAUCUACAGUAAUUUAAUAAGAAAUACCUUAAUCCAAAUAGUAAAAAACAAACAAACACAAUUAAGUGAUCAUGUAAAAUAAAUAUAUAAAAAUAUAAAAAUAAAUACAUACAACAUUUAUUAGCGCAAGGAAAUUAUAGAGUUAUGUAUUUCUUAAAAGAAGUUAAGAACUUUGUAUAAAUCAUAUGAAACUAAUGCCCUUAUUCAAAGUGUUGUGAAAUUCGAAUAAAAUCGGAAAUUAAAUGUAACCAAAGUAAAAUUACAACGCAAUUAACUUAUACAUUUUUAAUUGCUUAUGUUUUAAGCAUUUUAAUAGUUUGAGGAACACAGUAAAAGUCAUACAAUUUAAAUAAACAAAUGUAAUCAACUUGCUUAAACCGAACAUUAUCGAGCUUCAGAAGAUUAACGCGACACCGCACAACUGCGCUGAAUCUAAAUUUAAAAAAAAACUUUAAGUAAAAGCAUUUUUUAACAGAAAUAAACAGACAAACAUAAGUAUAAGUAAUACAAAAAUGCAUACACUCACUUAAAGCGAAGCACGUCGAAACUGAAAGUUCACUGAUAUUUGUACUCAAUCUUAACCCUCUGUGACGGUAAGAAACGCCUUCACAUAACUGACUCCACCAGGUAUCUUCAUUUUAACCAAUAAUCCUACAUACAUACAUACGUACUGAAAAUGCUUGUGCUUUAAUGAGCGCUUUUUUUCGAGUGCUUAUGUGAGUGGUUAAGCAGGUUAAGAUAUAAUUUGCCGAGUGCAGCUGUAUUUGGCUGUUUGGCUGUUGGCCAAAUAGGCUUCAUUUUAACAAGGCACUUGCCCUUCGAAAAUUAAGGGAGCAUACACAUACAUAUAUAUACAUAUAUAUAUAUAUUAACGAAAGUUAUAUAUAUAUAUCCUAACGGAAAACGACCUUCGCGUGCACUGAAGCUUCGUGUCGUCUACGCUUUGUUGAACUAUUCGCUUUAAAGUGUGGUGAGACAACUACUGGAAAGGCAGGGGUACAAACCUGCGAGUACAAGGUGAAUACUAACCCACACCGCAUCGGAAAGCGGACAGUUGUUUUGAAAUUCGAAAUGAGAGCGUCAUGAGUGAAUAUAAGGCCAUUCAAAAAUGCAGGAAAUGAGUUACCUGCAAGAUAAUUCCAAAUUGGAGGCACUAACGAAAGCUGUACUCAUCUCCAUUCUCGGUGUCGCCAUCGUCAUAUCGAAUCUUCUCAUUAUAGCCACUUAUGCAAACUUUAAAGGUCCCACAGAGGUCAUCAACUACUAUCUACUGUCACUGGCUGUUGCGGAUCUACUUUGCGGUUUAUUGGUUGUGCCCUUCUCUGUUUAUCCUGCAUUGACUGGAGAAUGGAUGUAUGGCGAUAUUGUAUGUCGCUUCACCGGCUACCUGGAGGUGACACUGUGGGCCGUAUCUGUAUAUACAUUCAUGUGGAUCUCUGUGGACCGAUAUUUGGCCGUCCGGAAGCCUCUUCGCUAUGAGACUGUGCAGACAAAAACGAGAUGCCAAUGCUGGAUGGUGUUUACAUGGAUUUCGGCCGCGUUACUAUGUUGUCCACCGAUUCUAGGCUACACGAAGCCCAUCACGAACAAUGUGACACAUAUUUGCAUGCUUGACUGGGGCAAUAUGGCGGCGUACAGUGCGACUUUGGCAAUUUUAGUUUUAGGUCCUAGCGUUAUAUCCAUAGUACAUAAUUAUGGUUACAUUUUUGUAAUGAUACGAAAGCUUAAAUCGGGAGAACCUAUACAUGACAAAGAAUAUGCAACCGCAUUAGCUGAAAAUUUAUCGAAUCCUAGUCAUAUGAUGUCAUUCGUAUUAGUGUUUGCAUUCUGGAUGUCGUGGUUGCCAUGGAUGGUGCUGCGCUUCUACGAAGUGGUGACCGGUGAUGUUAUCCAAAGUACUCUUAUUCAUUUUCUGGUCGUUUGGAUUGGCGUGCUGAAUUCAUUUUGGAAAAUCAUCAUUAUGACCAGUAUGUCGCCGCAAUUUCGGAUCGCACUUAGAGUAUUUUGUUUAACAAUAUGUUGUAAGACUAAGGGCCGUUUGCAAGCAGAACUAAUCGGAUUGGACCCAGAUGACUAGAGUCGUUAGAUUUUCCACAGUAUGAACAAUUAAAUUAAUUUUCACAAUUGGCUUACCUUUCCUUAAUUUUCCUAACAAUUUCAAUUGCAAUUCGAGAUCACGCUUUUGAAAAAUCAUGAUAAAGCACGUCUUUAUCAAUCAGUAACAAUCUGAUUAAAUUAACAAUACAUAUAAUACUUAGUAAGGCAAUAUUUACGUAAUUGCAUGCUUGAUCUAUGGAUGUAAUUCAAAUGUGAAUUUUUUUUUAAAUAUUCAAUUCUGUGAAAAACUUUGAGCAUAAAGCGGUGGCAAUGAUAAUGAUAUCUACAACUUAAUUAUUUAUCGGAGCGUAUUAAUAUAUGUACAUUUGUAUACAUAUUAAUAUAUGUAUGUACAUACAUAUGUAUGUCUGUGGGUGCAUAUGUAUGUAUCAACAUUUAUAGCUCUGGUUGUACAUAAGUUAGUACGCACAUAUUGAAACUUGUGAAAAUCACCUACAUUUUCUUGUAUUAGUUUUCAAAUGCGAUAUACCAAAAAUAAAUUAUAAUUUUCGUUUGUUUUUCUUUCAUAAAAAUACAUUACAUCGUAAAUUGUACUAUUCAAAUUUAAGUUAGCUUAAGAAUUCGACGUUUUAAAAAAACGUUGCGCAUUUCGAAAAGUGAAUGUAUCAUAAUAUACUACAAAUACUUAUGUAUGCACAUAUAAUAAAAUUAGCGCUAAGCUCUUUUCAGAGAUAUAGGAACGUACAUACAUACAACGUGCUACGUAGAUAUACCGUUUGUUAAAAAUCAUUUUAAAAAAUAUAUUACAUCAGACAUUUCACAUGAUUACAAGCAUACUUAUGUUGUUGUAACUGUUGUUUUUUCCAUAAAAUGUAAAAGCACAUUUUUAUAAGUUUAUAAUUGGUUGUAAAUUGAUUAGUAAUCCCUGAAUGGACCGGCUUAUAGGAAUGGACUGAGUAGAUUUAAAUACAAACUCAACUACUUAAUGGAAUCAUUUUUUCUAAAACCUAGAAUGGCGAUAUCCUACAAAAUAUAAAAUUUCGGUAUUUGGUCUGAAAUGUCACACUGGUAUGGAAUGAUAUACAUGUACAUAAGUAUAUAAAUAUGUAUUUACUUAAUUCAAAGCACUCAACCAAUAUUCAAUCGGCUACCUUUGGUUUUCAAACACCCGUUAUCCGUUAUAAAGAUCACCGUACUUUUGAAAGAGGAAAAAGGAGACAGAUUGAUUUUAACUAUUAUCCUUAGCUUGCUCAUCCUUAAUUACCAGAGAGUGCUACCGGAGAUUUAUGUAGAAGGAAGAAUAAUGAGUUGCAAUGUGUUAGUUUUCAUACUAAUUCAUUCAAUUUAUAGGAGAUAAGGAGAAAUAAGAUCGUUUGGUGGAGCAAUUAGAAAGUAUCAUUUAUGUUUUCAUGAUUUUUCAUUUACUAGCGAGUUAUAAACGCAUUAUUUGCACUCGCGCUGUGCUUCUGUUGAAGCACAAAUCUUACAUGAGAUACGCGUAACAUUUUAUCCUUUUUCCUUAGUGGGAUAAAUACAGUUUCCCUUUGAGUGCAGCAUUGCGUUUAAAACAGAAAAUUUCAAUCAUUUGUUAAAUACUUAUAUAUGUACAUACAUAUGUAUGUAUGCAUGUACAUUGUGUAUGGAUAUAAACAUAACUACAUUUAUAUAUACGCGUUUAUAUUUACGUGUUUACGUUAUGUUACGUAUUUUUCAGUAUUUAAGGUAUGUUUUUGUAAAAUUCGAAUUUAUUUUUAGGACAAUUGAAGUUUACUAUUAAGAAUUAAGGAUUUCAUGCGACUGUUAAACUGAUGAGUAUUUAAUAAACAAUUUUAUCAUCGCGUUGAACCA